UUGAUAGGAUUGUUGAGAUUUCAAGGUAUCAGCUCUGACGCAUUAGUGAUUUACGGCACGUCGGAACAGAUUAAACCUCUCACCAAUAAUGCGCACUUGACCAAUUGAUAAAAUAUGACCGAGGAAGAGAGACUUUGGAGUUUUAAAAGGAUAUGAUUAAGGCGUAUUUCUUUAUGGGCUUUGUCUAACACCCACCAAGACAACUUCCUUGCAUUAAGGUUGCUUGACACUAUUAGUUAUUAGUGACAGAAAUUCAAGUGUUUCUCUUUAUUAACUGGCUGGUUGGCUUGGAGACCGUCCAUCUUGGUUAUCCUGGAAUCAUCGAACUUAUAACACUUGGGCCUGCUUAAGUUGUUCUGAGAAACUCAGAUUAACAUGGCAAGUUGAUUGUUGAAGUCAGUGCGCAACAACUGACGACAAGAAUCGAAAAAUACUGGAGUUGGUAUAUAAAUUAGAGAAUCCAUUGACACGAGAUGUAAAUCAAAGAAAAACAAAUUGGAUUCGCUGUCUUAUUGUCUUUGAGAGCUGAUUGAUAUUUCUAUUCUGCAGUUACAGAUAUACAAUAGUAACUCGAACUGCGGUCGAUUAAGCCCUUUCAACACAUUAUAUCUUAAUCAAUGUUAAUAAGGGCGUCAUCAGGCUUUUUUAGCCUUUAUGCUCCAUUCAUCUGCUUCAUUAACUAAAGAUUACUAACUAAUUGUAGCUAAGUCCGCCAAUCAACAGUCAGUAUCUUAAUUGAAUUUGUGUAGGAAGUGCGAAUAAGAAGGCAAUCGACAAACGACAACUUCUAGAUCGGUACUUAUCUCUUACUGAGGGAUCAUGUCUUCCUUCAAGGUCUUUCACUAAUGGAUUAGUAAGGGUUAGUACACUUAUAUUCUCAGCUAAAGUAAACAUGCAUACAUCUUCCUUUGAUAUUGAAAGUAUCCUUCGCAAAGACAAGAAAAAAGAAGAAGGAAAAGAUCGAAAAUCAACUUUAACUUGCGAGAGUCCCGCUCUGAACAUCAGUAGCAACUCCAGCAACCGAAGACCAUUACUUCUCCCUCGCGCAGAACCAAUCCAAUGGAGUGCUUUUCUGUACAACCUGCCUUACUCAGGCUUAAGUAGUUGCAAUCACUGUGGAGACGAGUCCAGUCAAAUCUACCCCUCACCGUGGCUACAAUAUGGACAUCAUUUCAUGCAGUCAGGGUGUUCUCAACAUUAUCUUAACGCGACUGGACGCCAUCGAAGACCACGAACAGCAUUCUCGAGUCACCAACUGCUUGCUUUAGAAAGACAAUUUCAGUUGCAUAAAUAUUUAACACGACCUCAGAGGUACGAGUUGGCUACAUCUCUGAUGCUGACAGAAACUCAAGUCAAAAUAUGGUUCCAAAAUAGAAGAAUGAAAUGGAAACGAUUUCACAAAAGUUCAACCUUAAAGAAAGAUCAAAGAACAUGUCGAGAAGAGCUACUUAGUGAUGAGAAAACGUCACCAAGACAAUAAUUAGUGGGCUACCUGUGUUGAAAGAGGGGUGAAAAAAGGGUAGUAAAGCCUAAUGAAUUACAAGACAAUGAUUAGCUGACUCACCUGAAGUACAAGACAAAACAGCAAUGACAUCUCAAGUAUAACUGAAAGAAAAAUUAAAACAUUCAAAACGUAUAUAAGGGCUUGCUUAUCAAAACUGGCAUACUUUAGUUCAUUCCAGUGUAUAAAGUAUGCACUAGCAAUAUAACGAGAUUAUAGAUAAGAUACCGUGACAUAAAUCUAUCUUUGCUUUUUGACGGCUAACUUCAGACGUUGGCUUCUCUAUUUGCUUGCAUUCCUGCCAAGCAGUUUCAUCCUAACUGCAUGUAUUCCGAUUUAAAGAAGUCAAAUAACAUAAGGGUCAAUAUCCUUAUCUGCUUUCCACUUAACCGUGUGUAUGUGAAUAAACUUAUCAUCAUAAAUAAAAUUAUCAUCAUCAUCACC